AUGACUGCGUUCAUCCGCCAGGAGGCUCUCGAAAAAGCCCGGGAGAUCCAGCUCAAGGCCGAUGAGGAGUUCGCGAUCGAGAAGUCCAAGCUCGUCCGCCAAGAGACCGCCGCCAUCGACACCCUUUAUGAGAAGAAGUUCAAGCAGGCCGCCAUGUCGCAGCAGAUCACCCGCUCGACGCUGUCCAACCGUACUCGCCUUCGUGUGCUGGGCGGUCGCCAAGAGCUUCUAGACGAGCUCUUUGAGAAGGCCCGCAAGAAGAUCUCCACUGUUGCCGACAACGAUAAGAAGAAGUACCAAACGAUGCUGGAGGGCCUGAUCCUGGAAGGGUUCUAUUAUUUGAAUGAGGAAAAGGUGGAACUUCGCGCGCGCAAGCAAGACGCUGAUGCCGUGAAGAAGGCUGUCGAGGGAGCCGCCAAGGAGUUUAAGAAGAACGUCGGCAAGGAAGUGACUGCAACUCUGGAUGAGUCCGAGCCACUACCGGAAUCCUCCGCUGGUGGUGUCGUUCUUGUGGGAGGCAAGGGCAAGAUUGAGAUUAACAACACAUUUGAGGAACGUCUACGCCUCUUGGAGAUCGAUGCCCUGCCUGCUGUGCGUGAGACGCUGUUUGGAAAGAAUGCCAAUCGCCGUUUCUACGAUUAA